GGAUAUAAUAUUCAAUCACUAUUUUGAUAGAUGAAAUUUGAAUUGAAUGAGAAAGUUAUGUGAUUUUAUGCAAUUUUUAAUGCUAUAUAUUUAAUCACAUAUGAGCAGUACCGUAUUGUAUACAUGACGGUCAGAAGCAAAUAAUAGUUUAUUUGAUGUAUAAUGGCGGGUAACUUCUGGCAAAGUUCACAUCACCAGCAAUGGAUGCUUGAUAAACAGGAUUUAAUACGAGAUCGACAACUCGAUUUAUCAAAACUAUCAGAAGAAGAAUAUCAGAAAAUAUUUAAUUUCUUUGCAAGUAUUAUCCAAGUAUUAGGCGAGCAGCUGAAACUACGCCAGCAAGUCAUAGCUACAGCUACCGUUUACUUUAAAAGGUUUUACGCAAGGAACUCUCUUAAAUGUAUAGAUCCUUUGCUGCUAGCACCGACAUGCGUGUUCUUGGCUUCAAAAGUAGAAGAAUUUGGUGUUAUUUCCAACUCGAGGCUCAUAACUACAUGUCAAACUGUUAUAAAGAACAAGUUUAGCUAUGCUUAUGGACAACAAGAAUUUCCGUACAGAACGAAUCAUAUAUUAGAAUGUGAAUUCUACCUUCUAGAAAACUUAGACUGUUGUUUAAUAGUUUACCAACCUUACAGACCUCUAUUACUAUUUGUUCAAGAUAUAGGUCAGGAUGACCAGUUACUAACAUAUGCUUGGAGAGUUGUAAAUGAUUCUCUUCGCACUGAUGUUAGCUUAUUAUACCCUCCUUAUCAGAUAGCAAUAGGUGCCUUGCAUAUUGCAUGUGUUAUGCUGGGGAAGGAGAAUUUAAAGCCUUGGUUUGCAGAACUUAAUGUAGAUAUGGAUAAGAUACAAGAAAUUGUUAGAGCAAUCAUCAACUUAUAUGAAAUGUGGAAAAAUUAUGAUGAAAAAAAGGAAAUUCAAGGCCUCUUAGGUAAAAUGCCGAAACCGUGUCCAGCACCACAGAGAUAGCUAGAAGAGCCUUAACAACUAGCCUUAGCAUUUUUGCAAAAGUUUCUCAAGUAGAAAAUAUAACUUGAGCACAAUAACUGUUUACUUUAAGAUAUGAGUAUAAUCAACUCAACUUUAUUGGUUUUGACAUUAUUGAAACCAAAUCAUUAAUGAAGAAGACUGCAGAAUGACAUUUAAUUUCAUGUGUUUGAUAUUCACUGUAAGAAAUACUGAUAUAAGUAACAUAAUAUUUGUGUAUUAGAGAAUUUUAAUUUAAUUUGUCUCACAUUAUCCACUUCAGAAGAAGAGUAAUGGAAAGCUUUUAGUAGUAAAUAUUUCAAUAGAAACCAAACAUGUUACUAAACAAAAGCACCUUUAUGCCUAUUAGAAAAUAUUUGAACUACAUAAAUAUAUUUUUUCCAUGUAAAUAGAAUAUUGUAAUGUGUAUGUGAUAAGUGUAUGUUUGGGUCAGAAUAGUUUAAAAAUAAGUUGUAUUUUGUACUAUUUGAUAAUGAUGAUGUCCUUUUAUAUUCUGUGAAAGACUGCUAGAGAAAAUAAAUAAUAUUCACUUUAA